GGUAGAUGGAGUACUUCAUUUCUGGAACCGCGCCAAUGUCACCGCUGGCCAGUUUGCAGCGGGUCGUGAGGGACGUCAGGUUGAGGUGGGCGUUAUCUUUGCUUGCGGUACCUUUUCUAAACGGAAGCAGAGGUUGUUUCUGAACAAAAUUUGCUUUGCUUUACGCCUGAAGAUGCUACUGUAACUGUAUUGGAUAUUUUCAUCUACAAAUAAGUUGGUGGACACCGACAAUGGUGGCCGUCGACAACAAAUGCCUCCUGCUGGGGGCGUUUACAGUCGUCAUGUACUUUAUGUGGAUGGACAUCGCGCUCUGGUACCAUCUGCAGGCGCUGGUGCCCACGCAGAAGGGCAUGCUGCCCAAGACGCCGGACGGCUCCUUCUCGCUCUUCUACCCGGUGACAGUGAAGAUGCUGAUGUGCGAUCCCAUCAACCACUACAUCUACCUGCCGCUCUGCUACGUCUUCACACAGGUGACUCACUUCACGGAGACGUUCUCGUUCAUCACGCCCAACGUUGUGAGCAUCUCUCGUGUGUUCCUCAUUUUGCCGGGUCUGCGGCUGCUGCUCUCCGAGUCGCUCGGCUGCCGGCAGUCGGGCGUGGCCAUCAUCCUAGUCGGCGAGUGGAUGGACGCGCUGGACGGCUUCCUGGCGCGGCUGCGCGCCGCCAACCAGGCCAUGACGUCAGAGGUGGGCGCGCUGGGAUACUACCUGGACGGUAUCUGCGACGGCGUCAGCGCCGUGGCCAUCCUGGUGGUGUGUAUGGUGCAGCUGAAGAGGCACCCGCCGCGGCAGAGCGGCCACCCGCUCCAGCUGCCCGUCAUCUGCAAUAAGGUGGAGAGUAAGAUGCAGGAGAGCAAGGAGAGUCUGCUGGGCGGCGGACCGGUGGGCGGACCGCGCGUGCCGGUACCGGCGCGCGCCAUCACCAUCACCAUGUUCCUGUUCGGCUUCCAGCUACUGCUGGCGUCGGUGGGAUGGAACCACGCCAUCGCCGGAUACCAGCAGCUACUGGAGAAUGGCGACGGUUCGCAUACGGCGAAACAGUUGGCAGUGCUACAGGCAGCCUCCACUUGGAUUCUGAUGUGGUUCUGGCGCGUCGCCUGUUUCCACAUGCUAAUGCACUGUUUCCUCAUAGCGGUGUUCUUCGAUAAACUGUGGGAGUUCCUGACGAACCUGCGGUUUAUCGGCUACGUGGCAUUAACAGCGCUCAUUGUUCUCAACGAGCUGCAUUUGCAGGCCAUUCAGUCGUACUUCUAGCUGGGGUCCGUCGGUACGCGCGCGGGGCGCCCCCUGGAACCGUGAUGAUCGUUAUGCUACACCGCCGCGCGGCGUCCCUGUGAGGAUCUUUGGUCUGUAACCGGACGCUGCCGCGGUGUGGUAGUGCCGAGUCGGGUGUGUACUAGCUAGUCUGAGAGGCGGCCGAGCUGUCUGGGGGUGUCAAAUGACUGAGCUCUGCGGCUGAGGCAGCGCUGACUUUAGUGGGCAUUGUGCACUUUGCAGAGCCGACUGUGGCGUACAGGUGGCGCCUCUUGACUGAGCUUUGCGGACGCGCCGCCGCGACUGGGCGUACCGUCGCUGUGAGGGAACCUGGGGUCCUAGUCGAGACAGAAGUCAGGGGCUGCCGUCCAUCCUACUGUGUACCACUAGUCCGCUGGUGUGGCGCUCACGAUGCCAACAUAUGCCAUGGCGAUCACGCUGUAUACUCGUACUGCGCGUGGCGCGCGCUCUCUCCUUUCGAGUGUUGUCCGCGUGCCGGGCGGCGGAGCUUUGCCCGGCCCGUGGCGCUGCUGCCGGCCGUCAUAUCGCUGCUGUACUGCGCCGAGUCUGCUCCCGCCAGCCGGCGUCGGCACACGCACGGCAUAACCUUCCAUAACGUGAUUGUCUCUGUGAAAAAAUGAACGUGUACCUUUACGAUGCAAUCAUUGUUACGUGUUAUUGUUACUAGAGCUGUCCCGGUUAGUGUCACAUAGCAGCACACUGUUUAGCCUAUAGGUGUCGUGUCAUUUGGGGGAGGUGCGUGGCGGCAUGAUUCCAUUUUGAACUGUGAGUUGUGGUUUUAGAAACGUUUAGAGGAGCUUAGAGCCUUUUGAGAAGCAACGUCUCGAAUUGCCUUUUCUCGGUGUCAAUUGUAGUGUGUGAUGUUUGGUCAUGUGAUUUGCGUACAGAGGUAGCUUUUGCGUGGGUGCAGGCAGCAGCAGCUGCGUUGUUUUCUGAAGUGUACUUUUAAAUAUAAAGCUAAUACAUAUUACAUGAUUUA